CUUCCGGGGUCGGGGGUCACGCCGGCGCCGUGUGGAAGCGCCCUAUGGGUAGCGCGGGGCCCGGAAGCUGCCUGUCCCGAGCCGGGAUUUGCUUCCGGCCUGAAGCUGUCACCGGCGCCGGGAGUUGAGCCGCGGGAGGCGGUUGGGGCCAUGAGCAGUUGAUACGGUGACGAGCUCACAGAUGCUGCCCCGAUCGCUGCUGGACGUUGUCGUUUCAGCCGAGGAUGAACAAGCCCAGAGACUCGCAGCAUGACCUGGAGCAGAGCCUCCCAGCCAUUGCGUCCAUGAGCACCUCCCUCUCGCAGAGCCAGGGCUUCUCCCCGCACUGUUACUUCCCGCCGGAGAAGAGGAAAGCCAUCUCGGACGUCAGGAGGACUUUCUGCCUCUUCGUCACCUUCGACCUGCUGUUUGUCUCUCUGCUGUGGAUAAUUGAGCUGAAUACCAACAAUGGCAUUCAGAAGAACUUGGAGAUUGAAAUCAUUGAGUACCGGUUUAAAACCUCAUUCUUUGAUAUAUUUGUCUUGGCUUUUUUCCGGUUUUCUGUGUUACUUCUGGGCUAUGCACUCUUAAAACUGCGCCACUGGUGGGUCAUCGCGUUCACUACGCUGGUGUCCAGUGCCUUCCUCAUCGUGAAGGUCAUCCUCUCUGAGCUGCUAGUCAAGGGGGCCUUUGGGUACGUACUUCCCAUCGUCUCUUUCGUUAUCGCCUGGCUUGAAACGUGGUUCCUGGAUUUUAAAGUCCUGUCUCAGGAGGCGGAAGAGGAACGAUGGUACUUGGCAGCGCAGGCCGCAGCCUUCCGGGGCCCUCUGCUCUAUUCCGGAGCCCUCUCGGACGGGCAGUUCUAUUCCCCUCCGGAGUCCUUGGCAGGAUCGGACGACGAGUCUGAUGAAGACGGUGUGGGGAGGAAAGCGUUAACAGCCCAGGAGAAGGGAUACGUCCAACAAGGCAAAGAAGCAAUGGAGGUUGUGGAUCAAAUCCUAGCCCAGGAGGAGAACUGGAAAUUCGAAAAAAACAAUGAGUUUGGCGAUGUUGUUUACACCAUUGAAAUUCCUUUCCACGGCAAGACCUUUAUUUUAAAGGCCUUCAUGCAGUGUCCUGCUGAAACAGUCUACCAGGAGGUGAUUCUCCAACCUGAGAGGAUGAUCCUGUGGAAUAAAACGGUGGCAGCUUGCCAGAUCUUACAGCGCGUUGAAGAUAACACCAUUAUCUCAUACGAUGUUGCAGCAGGGGCUGCAGGGGGUGUAGUGUCGCCCAGGGACUUUGUAAACGUGCGUCGCAUUGAGCGAAGGCGAGACCGCUAUAUUUCCUCAGGGAUGUCAACCACUCAUGGUUUGAAGCCUCCGCUGUCCAAAUACGUCAGGGGCGAGAACGGGCCCGGAGGCUUCAUUGUACUGAAAUGUGCCAACAAUCCCAAAGUGUGCACCUUCAUCUGGAUCCUCAACACGGACCUCAAGGGUCGGCUUCCCCGUUACCUUAUCCAUCAAAGCCUGGCAGCUACCAUGUUCGAGUUUGCGUUCCACCUGCGGCAGCGGGUCAGCGAGGUGCCGGGCAGGCCUUGAGCUGCAGCGCCUGACUCUCCACGGGACAUUCCUUCACCCUCUCUCAACGCAGAGUGGGGAACAACUUCCAAGGGGCCGGAGCCAGCCUGCCAGGGAGCCGCCUGCGUGGAACGCAGACCUCUUCCCUCCCCCCAGGACGGGCUGAGCCAGACCAUGGACCAGGGAGGUGUAUCACUGCAACAAUACUAACACUGGAGCAACCUUUGCAGAAAUGCAGAAAGGGGGGUGGAUGCCUUGAGAGGCCCAAGGGACGCCUCAGUCCCUCCCCACUCCCGCAGAUCCCUUUCUCUUCACCCCUCCAAUCACGGAUCAAACUAACUGAGCUGCUAUGGGAAUCAGCGGAGCCUUUUGUGAUUUAAACAUGUGCCAAACCCCUUUGUUUUCCCUCGCCAUACCCAGCGGAGGUGGCAGUUCCUGGCUGGAUAAGCCCACCACUUCCCCAGUUUGUCUCCCGUCCUUUUUUAAAACGUUCUGAUAAUUGGGUGUGACUUUCAUCCGUCUGGAGCUCCUGCAUUUACCUAAACGCCUUGUGGAGGCGAGGGAAGGGCGGGGCCAGGCAUCCCUGUUCAUUUUGCUGCUGGAGGAUGGUUAAAGUGGGAAAUGGAGAAACUCUCACCAUCAGGUAGCGUGCGACGGCCUUUGCUUCUGAUCUGCUGCCAGGCAUUGCUUCACGUGGCAUGGCUGGUAGCUCGCACCCUGUAGGCACUUGGCUACCCCUUGUCAUUCCUCGGCUGCCAGGGAUCGGCUGUGCGAACACACUGAUAAGGGUAUUGCCAGGCAGUGGCUGAUUAGUUUAGGCCUUUGUGGUCCACAAAAGGCUGUGAAAUAUACCCAGGGCAGCGUCUCUGCAGGUCUAGAACGGUUCUGCAGCCCCAGCUGGGGGCAUCUCUGGGUCUCCGAUGUGACUGGGCCUGGGGGAAGGGCACCCACAAGGGAAAACACUAUUCAGAUAACAGCUGCUCCAGCUCUCGCAGCUCUUUCCCUGUUGAGAAGUCGUGUCCCCCACGAGCUCCGGCGAAGGGCCUCCGAGCAGUGGAGCCUUGCCAAGCCUGUUCCAUUGCCCUAGUUCACUGACGUACCAGCCGCGGCGCCUGGGGGCGGGGUGCUGGGGAGGGCACGGUUCUGAACUCGGAGAAGAAUCGCCCGCUUCCAGGAAACACUUCAGUCCGGGAACGAGCGACCUUGGCAAGUCCCUUUUGGCUGCGUAGGGCGGUCAAAGGAAGGCGACGGCUACUGGGCCUCCGAGGCUGUGACCCCGUUUUCCUAAGGAAGUGCCGUAGGCCCCUGCUCUGGGCUUAGACUAACGCUCAUGAGCAUGAAGGAGAGGGGAGUGCAGGUGAGGGGGGAUGAUGCAGCCUUGUGGGGCGGGGGAAGGAAGAAGAAAUUCUGACCUCCGCUUGUUCACUGGUUUCAACGGGCCUGUGAAACCAAUCUCCAUCCAGUUAACUCACUCCCCUAAGCCCGAUUUCCCCCCGCACGGCGCACACAGGGACGUGAGGCUUUUGAACGAUCGCCUCGGCGCAAAGCGCCUGUUGGGGACCUCAUGCACCCCCCUGGGGACUGUGGUGAGUUCCAGGGGGGUUGUGGUUCUUCCAGGGCGAGCCUGGUUAGAAAGCCUGUCGCUCUAAUAACCUGCUGCCUCCCGCCGGGAACCUUUGUACCCUCGUCUAAUAAAAACCUACAACAGAAAA